CCUUCAAAAAUAGUCUUUCUCUCUCUAUAUGUAUAUAUUAUGUAUUCUCUCUUUCUCUCUCUAAAAGUCUUUCUUUGUCAUUGAUGGAGUUUUUUUCAUCUCCAUUGGUUUCAGUCAUGGGUUUGAAGCUAGGUCGAUAAGGGUAUUAAAUUAAUUAAGAAAUUAAGCAAAUUAUGUGAGAGAUCGAGCUAAAUGUUUCGUGGAUUCACCGGAGCAAACAAUGUUGCAGGACGUUAUUCCUCAGCCUGAACAACUUCCCAUUGAAGACAUUUCGAGCCCUCUUAGUGCUCAAAUUUUCGACUUUUGUGACCCUGAUUUAUUCCCGGAAACACUGCAAAACUCUGAAGUUGCCUCAAGUUCUAAUUGUUGCUAUGAAGAAAACUCUUCCUAUACCACAAAUCUUUCUUUUGCUCCAGACAUAAAAUUUAUUAGCUCCUUAGACAAAAAUGGCACUGUUAAUGUGCCAACCAUCACCACCACUACUACCGCCUCCACCACAACCACCACCUCCACCACAACCCCUACUUCCACUAACAACAACAAUAGCAACCUCUCUGUAAUCUUUGACUCCCCGGAGGAGAUUGAAAAUGACAUCUCGGCUUCUAUAGACUUUUCCCCUUCUCCGCCUUUUUCUGUUCCUCCAUUUUUGACUGCACAACAAGAUCAAUUCGAUCUCUCUUCUUUGCAAUCUCAAAUCCCAGUUAAUGGGCUCACACCAUACCCUCCUGACCCUGUUGUCCCGCUUAUGGGGCCAACAUUACCUGCUGUUUAUGAAGAGGAAUGCUUGUCUUCGAUGCCUUCUUACGUGCGCUUGAACCCCUCAUCGCCUUCUUGCUCUUUUCUUGAUCACACGAUUGGGCCUUACCUCCCCGGUAAUCUGAAUGCUGCGCUAUCUGCUGAAAAUUCCGGGAUUUUCAAUGGAAGUAUGAUUAUGGGGACUGAACUCCAAACUCAAGAGUUGGAAUAUCAAGGAGAUAAUGGUGGAAUUUUCUGUCUCGAACCUUUGCCACAGAUAAUCAACUCUACCGAGCUACAGGCUCUUAGUAAUGAGAGUCAACAUCUUGUGAAUGGGAAUGGGAGUUCUACUCCUUUGGCAUCAGAGAUCUCGAGUUUGGAAGAUUCUACAUUCAAGGUUGGGAAACUCUCCGUUGAACAGAGGAAAGAGAAGAUCCAUAGAUACAUGAAGAAAAGGAAUGAGAGGAAUUUCAGCAAGAAAAUCAAGUAUGCAUGCCGGAAAACACUAGCAGACAGCAGACCUCGAGUUAGAGGACGGUUUGCAAAGAACGAUGAAUUUGGAGAGAAUCCAAGAACCACUUGUAGCAACCAUGAAGAGGACACAGAUGAAGAUGUAGUAGUGAAAGAAGAAGAUGACAUCUCUUCAAAUAUCUUUGCUCAUAUCAAUGGUGUGAAUUCAUUCAAAUGCAACUAUCCUAUCCAAUCUUGGAUUUAAUCAGCUUUGCUCAGUGAAGCUUUCUACAAUUUUGCAGUACUAUUCACUAACUCUGCCAGGAUAUGUGGAUCCUGGAAUUAAUAAAAGUUGAAUAAUUGGGUCAAUAUGGGUUUUCUUUUUUCUUUUUCUUUUUUUCUUUUUUUUUUUUGGGAAUAAUCUGAGUCUUAGUUAUAUAUAUAGGAAAUGAAUAAUAAUGUAAUAUUUGUAUAUACAUUCAUCUUUUAUGUGAAGUCCAGCUUCAUAGAUUAUAUAGAACUCUUGCAUAUUUACUUGCUAGAUUACAAGUUGAACAAAGUCAAGUGCCUUUGUUAAUUGUCAAGUUUAUGAGAUGUGUAGCAAUGCAAAAUAUUCAUUUAAUUGGCAAGUCAUUUUGAGAUGUAGGUAGUUUGGUUCACCCAUCUUGCACAUAUGUCUCUGCAAACAUGGAGGGCAUAGUUUAGUGCUUAGGCAUUUCAAAUAUAUGAUAUGAUACCAAUUAUAUGUGUGUGUAC